UAUAAACCGCGUUUCGUAUCUGAUACAGAUCUACGCGUAGAAAGAUACGUACAUGUUUCAGUUUGUAUAUGGUCUAACAUGUCUGCGUUUCAACGUCUAUAUAAACGUUUCACAAUGACACAAAAGAAACCAACAAACAUAUCUAAAUAUGGACCUCAAGCUCAAUCUAAAGCUCAAGCCAAGCUUCUUCUUCUCCUUUCUUACUCUCAUCUUUCUUCUCAAAAGUCCUGGUUUAGUAUCAGCAUCUAAUCCUAAAUGCAUAUCCACCGAGCGAGAAGCUCUUCUCACCUUCAAACAAUCACUUACUGAUGUUUCCGGUCGGCUCUCUUCUUGGACCGGACCUGACUGCUGCAACUGGAACGGUAUUCUCUGCGACGCCAAGACAAGCCAUGUCGUCAAGAUUGAUCUCAGAAACCCCAGUCAAGUAGUUAACUCUGAUGAGUACAAAAGAGGUUGCUUGCGGGGUAAGAUCCAUCAGUCUUUGACCAGACUCAAGUUCUUGAGUUAUCUAGACUUGAGUUCAAACGACUUCAACGGCCUGGUGAUCCCUGAGUUUAUCGGCCAAAUCGUUACCCUGAGGUACUUGAAUCUUUCUUCUUCAUCGUUUUCCGGUGAAGUUCCUGCGAGUCUUGGGAACUUGUCGAAGCUGGAGUCUCUUGAUCUGUACGCUGAGUCGUUUAGUGACUCCGGUACGACGUUUGCUUUGACCGCAAGCAACCUCAAGUGGCUUUCUGGUCUGUCUUCUUCACUAACUUACCUCGACAUGGGGUAUGUGAAACUAAGCGGUGCUGGUGAGACCUGGUUACAAGAUUUCAGUAUACUCACGAAGCUGAAGGAGUUGCAUUUGUUCAACUGUGAGCUCAAGAACUUACCUUCCUCCUUGUCUUCGUCAGCAAAUCUAAAGCUCCUUGAAGUUCUUGAUUUGUCUGAGAACUCACUCAGUUCACCGAUACCAAACUGGCUCUUUGAUCUCACCAGCCUCAGAAAGUUGUUCCUGAGAUGGGAUUUUCUCCAAGGCACCAUUCCUUCUGGAUUCAAGAACCUGAAGCUUUUAGAGACAUUAGAUCUGUCUAAUAAUCUUGGACUCAGUGGAGAAGUUCCAGCUGUUCUUGGAGAGCUUUCUCAACUGAAGUAUCUUGACCUCUCUGCAAACGAAUUCAACGGUCAAAUCAAUGGCUUUCUAGACGCCUUCUCCAAAAACAAAGUCAAUAGCCUAGUCUUUCUCGAUCUCAGCUCCAACAAGUUAGCAGGAACAUUACCUGAGUCGCUUGGAGCGUUGAGGAAUCUACAGAUUCUUGAUCUUUCAUCCAACUCCUUCACGGGUUCAAUCCCUUCUUCUAUAGGAAACAUGUUGUCACUGAAGAAACUUGAUCUUUCUUUCAAUGCCAUGAACGGGAAAAUCCCUGAAAGCUUGGGGAAGCUUGAGCAGCUUGUGGAUCUAGACUUGAUGGCCAACACAUGGGAAGGUGUUCUGCUGCAGUCACAUUUCAUCAAUCUUAGAAGCUUGAAAACCUUCCGUCUCAACACUGAACCAAACAAGUCUCUUGUCUUUAAGGUGCCAUCUACAUGGGUUCCUCCUUUCAGACUGGAGCUGAUCAACAUCGAGAACUGCCAGAUCGGUCCUAAGUUUCCAAUGUGGCUUCAAGUACAAACCAAACUCAACUCUGUCACACUCAGGAACACUGGAAUUGCAGACACAAUACCACACAGCUGGUUCUCAGGUAUCGCUUCUGAAGUAACUUACUUGAUUCUAGCAAACAACAGAAUCAAAGGUACAUUACCUCAAAACCUUGCCUUCCCUAAUUUAAACACCAUUGAUCUGAGCUCCAACAACUUCCAAGGCCCUUUCCCUCUCUGGACAACAAAAGCAACAGAGCUGCGUCUUUACGAGAACAACUUCUCCGGUCCUCUUCCACUCAACAUUAAUGUCUUGAUGCCAAGAAUGGAAAAGCUAUACCUCUUUCACAACAGCUUCACAGGAUCAAUCCCAUCGUCUCUAUGUGAAGUCUCCGGACUGCAGAUUCUCUCCCUAAGAAACAACCGUUUCUCUGGUAGCUUACCAAAUUGCUGGCAUCAGUUCAUGCUUUACGGAAUUGACGUUUCUGAGAACAACUUAUCAGGCGAGAUACCAGCCUCUCUUGGUGCGUUACCUUCUCUCAGUGUCUUGCUUCUGAACCAAAACGCAUUGCAAGGUAAAAUCCCAGACACUCUUCAGAACUGCUCUGGUCUUACUAACAUUGAUCUUGGAGGAAACAAGCUGACUGGGAAAGUUCCAUCGUGGCUAAGUAAGCUGUCUUCUCUCUUCAUGCUUCGUCUCCAAAGUAACUCCUUGGAUGGUCAAAUACCAGAUAGUCUCUGCAGCGUCCCGAAUCUACACAUUCUUGAUCUCUCAGGAAACAAAAUAUCAGGCCCGGUUCCAAAAUGCAUCAACAAUCUCACUGCCAUUGCUCGUGGAACAACAAACUCCGAGGUGUUCCAGAAUCUUGUCUUCGUCGUUACAAGAGCUCGUAAAUACCAAGAAAUAGUCAACAGCAUAAACCUCUCUGGAAACAACUUAAGCGGAGAGAUACCAGCGGGAAUCUUGGACCUCUCUUACCUCCGGAUCUUGGAUUUAUCAAGAAACUCAAUGGCAGGAAGCAUUCCAGGGGAAAUUUCAAAACUUGGUCGCUUGGAGACGCUUGAUCUAUCAAGAAACAGGAUUUCUGGUGCCAUUCCUCAGAGCUUGGCAGGGAUAUCUUCUCUGCAGAAGCUGAAUCUUUCGUACAAUAAACUGGAGGGGAGAAUACCACAGCUUCUGAAGUUUCAAGAUCCGUCCAUUUACAUUGGAAAUGAGUUACUCUGUGGGAAACCACUACCUAAAAAAUGUCCACAAGACGUUAAUAGGAGAUUGUUGUAGUAAACAACAUAUGGUACUAACAAGUACCUUACAAAGAAAAUGUACCUGAUCAUUCCCAAAUAAUUAUAAUAAAAUUACCAGCUCUAAGCUGAUCAAGUUGUAUCCACUUACAUGAACUUAGCCUUUGAAGACAAAUCAAUCCAAUAAAAAAAUGAAAUAAAAUAAACAUUGCUUUCAGCAGCAUCCCUUACAAAAGACAACCGACCAAUCCUUUCACAAAUAUCUAAUUCAGAGCUUAUGAGUGUUUAACUAGUUCAGGUUAAACAGGAACAUUGCACACUUGUCAACAAAACAAAGAACUAACUAAAGACAUAAAAAUUCUAUAGAGUUUCCCCAC